UUUAAAACAAACUCAUCUCGUCAUCCACAAGGCUUGCCACCCUCGGAAUCAGUCGUUCCAAAAUCAUGUGUAUCUUAAUUUUCUUCUUUCUCCCGUUGUUCUUCCCUCUUGUAUAUGCAGAAUAUUGCCAAUCUUCUGUUUGUGGCAAUAACAUCUCUAUUCGAUUUCCCUUCCAACUAGAAGACAAGCAACAAAAAAACUGUAGUUAUCCUGGUUUCGGCCUUGAUUGCAAUAGUGAGGGCAUAACAACUCUAAACCUUCCUUAUUCUGGAGAAUUUUUUGUGCGUGAUAUUGAUUAUCUGGCACAACAGAUAUAUCUCCAUGACCCAGAUAAAUGCAUACCCAGACGGCUCCUAAGCUUUAAUCUGACAGGUUCUCCGUUUGUGGCUUCUUAUCGUAACUACACCUUCUUAAGCUGCCCAGCUCAGGUCACGAAGUCCCGCGAGUCUGCCAUUGAUUGCCUCAGUAAUUCCACAACCUCUGUCUUAGCUACUUCUUCUAUUAGCCUUGUGAAUUCGAUGAUGGAAUCGUGCCAGAUAGUUCUAACGUUGCAAGUUCCAGUUUCAUGGCCAGUUGAGCUUGAUGAAGGAUUCUCAACUGAUCUUAAAAAUGAUAUUCAGUUAACAUGGUAUAAACCUGAUUGCGGUGAUUGUGAAGCAAGGGGAGGAAUAUGUGGGUUUAAGAGCAGUAGUAGUCAAGAAAUCGCUUGUUUCAAUAAUACUCAACCAGGCCAAUCAAACAAGGGUUUCCUUGUUUUUAAGAUCAUUUGUCUGACCAUUGCGGUACCAGCUGUUUCAUGUGCGGCUGGAAUCGGAAUUUAUGUAUGCUUCAUGGACAGCAGUGCCCACCGCGAGCGUAACACUACCACAGCAGCAGUGUCACCACAACCACAAUCCAACGUCCUAAUGACGGGUCUGGAUGAGUGUACCAUUGAAUCAUAUGAAAAGGUAAUUCUUGGUGAAAGCAAGCGAAUACCAGGGCCUAACGAUACCACCUGUCCCAUAUGCUUGUCGGAGUAUCGCUGCAAAGAUACAAUCAGAUGUAUACCCCAAUGCAGACACUGCUUCCACACUGAUUGCAUCGAUGAAUGGCUCAAGAUGAACAGUACGUGUCCAGUUUGCCGAAACUCUCCGUCUCCUUCCCAUGCUACCGCCCGAAUUACGUAGUGUUUAUUGUUUAGUACCCGCCGACCUGUCUAUUUCUUAUGUACAAAAUUUGAGAUUGUUUAUUAUUAUAACAAAUUCUCUUUUUGUAAA